AUGGGCCGUAGCGGGCUGACGAGCCAAAAGAACAGUACAGGUGUGGGGCGCGUGGCUGAUAAGCAGAUGUUUGCGGGCUGCGGCUGCGGGUGCCUGCCGUUGGCGCCCACGGGCAGAACGACCGCGAUGGCGGAGGAGGAGGAGCAGGAGGUGGUGGUGGUGCGGGUGGCGCAGGGCGCGCUCAAGGGUCGACGAGUGCCCUUUAGGGCCGGCAAGGGCCGCGCCUUCUUCAGCUUCCGCGGCGUGCCCUACGCUCGCCCUCCGGUCGGACCUCUGCGCUUCCAGGUAGCCCAACCUCCUGAUCCUUGGGAUGGUGUCCGAGAAGCUCUUGAAGACGGACCCCCUUGUCCACAAGUUGAGAAAAUAUUCAAAGUGCCUUACAGGGGAGACGAAGAUUGUCUUUAUUUAAAUGUAUACACACCUAAAGCACCCAAUCAAGGCGAAGAACUAAAAAUACCUGUAAUGGUGUGGAUUCACGGUGGAGCUUUCGAAAACGGCAGCGCAGAAAUGGACAUGUACGGGCCGGAGUAUCUCGUUGGAGCUGGAGUCGUGAUCGUCUGCAUCAACUAUCGACUUGGAGUGUUGGGUUUCCUGAGUCUUGAAGAUGGAUCACAUUCCGAAAAUUUGGGACUGAAGGAUCAAGUUGUGGCAUUGCGAUGGGUAAAAGACAAUAUUGCGUAUUUUGGAGGAGAUCCAAACAAUGUGACGAUAUUCGGCGAAAGUGCUGGUGGGGCAUCCGUUAACUACCACAUGUUGUCUCCCAUGUCAAGAGGAUUAUUUCACAAAGCCAUAAUGCAAAGUGGAUGUGCACUGAAUCCUUGGGCCACUGCAACCAAACCACGAGAACUAGCUUUUGCAUUAGCCAAGGAUCUUGGCUGCUACGCCACCAGCUCCGAAGAAGUGCUUAAUUUUCUGCGCAACAUUUCAGCUCGCCAGUUAAUUGACACGUAUGAUAAAAUUAAAAAGCAGCAGAGUGGCAUGAGACGAUGGAGAUUCGGCCCAGUUCCUGAAGCAAACGCCCGGCCAAACGAUCAAAUAUUUCUACCUACUUCUCCCAAAGCUCUGCUGGAAAAUGGAAAUUUCCAUUCUGUUCCGUGUAUUAUAGGGAUUACCUCACAAGAAGGUAUAAUUUCACUCCAAGUAAAUGGCAUCCUGAAGAAUCCAGCUUUAUUACGAAACAUUGAUGAUCGAUUAGAUCCACUCAUUCCUCAGGAUGUUGGUGUUGAUAAUAAUCAAUGCAGUAUAAGAGAAAAGAUUAAAGAAUUUUAUUUUGGCAAUUCAAGUAAUGGCGAAUCAGCAAUGGUCCAGUACGUAAAUUUUGCUUCAGACGUUCAUUUCACGAGAGGGAUAGAUAGAACUGUAAACUUGUUGGCAGCAAAUGCAACACCAGUGUUCUACUACCACUUUUCCUUCAGUGGUAAAAUGAACAUUUUUAAAAACUGGGCUCAAGCAACAAAACUUACUGGAGCUGCUCAUUUAGAUGAUGUGGGCUAUCUCUUCACAAGUAAAUUUUUCAACGUACCUGAGGUUAAUUCUGGCUCAUCUGAGUGGAUAACUCGCGAGAGGAUGGUAAAAUUGUGGACAAAUUUUGCAAAAACAGGGAAUCCAACUCCAGCUCCAGAAAAUAAUUUAAAUAUAUAUUGGCCCUGCUUAUCUUCCACUAAAAAAGUGUUCCUCGAUAUUAAUACAAAGCUGAGUAUAGGAAGAGAUCUUUAUAAAGAGAGGGUCGAAUUUUGGAACAAUCUCUGAAUAUUAAAAUUUAUAAGGAAUAUAAUGAUGGAAUUCAAAUAUAAAAUAAAUAUUGUUUUUGAAAUGCCGUGUUCCAAUGCGAUUAGAAUACCUUAACAGGUCAAAGAAAAUGUUAGAAAAUGUCAAAUUUUCAAAUUUGUACAAAUGCAAAAAAGUAACUUUAUAGACGAGUUGCAUACGCUAAUUUUGUACAACAGCAUUGUAUAUUUAUAAGAGAAUAAAACUUCAUUUUUCCAAACAA